AUGUUGCUAAAACGGGUUUUCUGCUUGCUACCGUUAUUGGUGAGUUUUCCGCAUGGUGCGCCUGGUUUCGGCAUGCAUCUCAUGGAGAUUUCUGACUCGGAUCAUUCACAAAUCGUGUGUACCCUCGCACUGCUGCAGAAAUAUUUCCAAUAUGGUGAACCACUUUCUGGUUCAGUAAUCUCUAUGAGUUUUACAACAGCCUCGCUUCAUAUACAGCAGGAUUUACUGAACGCUAUGCACACUCAGGUUGUCAUACCAUGGACGGUUGUGGUGAGGAAUCCACGUCAAGCACCGAAUAACCCGAGGUCCACUAUGAUUUUGCACGAAAAGCCUCAGUGCUAUUUUAUUAUUAUUGAGAAUUUAGAAGAUGGCGAUUUGGAGGAUGUUUUCGAAGAUUGGAAAACGAACAUAAAUUGGAAUCCACUGGCACAAUUCGUUGUGUAUUUGGCUUCAGUCGAGGAAACCGAUGAUGAGAUGAAUGAGUUAAUGAUUGAAAUACUACUCAGCUUCAUGAAUAAGAAGAUUUACAAUGUCAAUGUGAUUGGUAGAAAUGAAGAGAAUGGAUUUUACUACGGGAAGACAGUGUUCCCAUAUCAUCCGGACAAUAAUUGCGGCAAUCGGGUAAUAGCUAUAGAAACUUUGGAUAUGUGUGAUUAUCAAGAUCCAAAUAAGCCAAAGGAUGAGUAUAAUUUUGAUGAGGAAGACAAUGUAGAUGAAGUCGAUUACGAUGGCGCAGAUGAUGACGGUGGGCAAGAAUAUAACGAUAUCAAUAAAAGUAACAAAGAUGGAGAAUUUGAUAAUGAAGAUAGCGCUAAAGAUGGAGAGGAUCAUUCUAACGAGAAUAGAGAUGCAGACAGAACAGAAGAUGUACUUAGAGAUAAUGAUGGAGGGAAAAACACUUAUGGAAAUAGAAAUAGUGACAGUGAAGGAGAUGAAAAUAUGGAUCAGGAUGCAGACCAUAGAGUUGCUGAGGGCGCUAAAAUGGAUGAAUAUAAUGAUGGACAAAAAUGUUUGGAUCUGGACGGAAAUGAAAGGUUAGAUGAAGAAAACGAUAGUAAACGAAGUGUAGAAGGAGAUGCAAAAUUUAAUAGACAUCAAGUGAUAACAGAAAACAAUAAAAGAGUGGAACUGAGCUGGAAUUUUGGAGAUUUUAGGCAUGAAAGAAAAUCGAACUUUAAAACUAAUAUAGAAACCCGGACAAAGAAGACUUUGUAUACUAGGGAGAAACCACAAAAAAGGUAUCCACCAAAACAUCUGAAACUCACGGAUUACAGCCAGGAGGACAGAAAUGACUUACAAACGCAGAAAAUCUAUCUACAGGAGCUAUAUCGAGCAUCAUUUCUUGAUAAAUUUCCAAAGGAUCUCAGCGGUUGUCCAGUUGUGGCCGCUUUCCGACCCUGGGAACCGUAUAUCUUUAAAGAAACCAGCGAGUAUGAGAACAAAGCAGACAGCAACCCCAAAGCGGAUAAAAACAAUAAAGUUUUAGACACCAAUGAAGCUGCGUAUGACUUUGAAAAUGAAGAAAACGUCGUUAACAAUUCUUAUGUUGAUGGUGAUGACGACGCUGAAGCAGAGAAAUCCUACGAUGAUGUAGACGCAUCUGAUGUGAGCGAUGAGCCUGCGUUGAAGUUAAAUGGCAUCGAGUAUCAGUUGGUGCAGGCAAUCGGCGAACGUCUGCAUAUAACUAUAGACUUUCAGCUGGAGAAUAACAAUCUCUAUCAUCUCUUUCAGCAACUUAUCGAUGGCGACAUCGAAUUGAUUUUGGGUGGCAUCGACGAAGACCCCAGCAUCAGUCAGUUCGUCUCCAGCAGCAUCCCCUAUCAUCAGGAUGAUCUCACAUGGUGCGUGUCGAGAGCUAAACGCAAAUAUGAUCUCUUCAAUUUCCUGCAGAGCUUUCACAUUAGCACUUGGUUCUUCACAUUGGCUUUCAUUAUGAUAUCUUCAUUGAACAUAUACAUCGCACAAAAACUGCUCAAAAUACGACUGACCUAUUUCGGUAGUUUUUUUGCCACUAUGGUGCGCAUGUUCGGCAUUAUACUCAGCCAGUCGACGCAACUCACACGUUUACCCGCUUCGUUGCACAUCACCUUUGGCAGCACCUUCUUCUUGGCCAUGAUGUUUGUGAAUGUCUAUCAGAGCUUUUUGGUUAGCACCUUGACCACGCCGAAAUCAUCCUAUCAAAUCAGUCAUUUAGAGGAAAUUUAUCGCAAUCGCAUGACAGUGACGGGGAGUGUAGAAAAUGUGCGUCAUCUGAAUAAGGACGGUAAGAUUUUCAAAUAUAUCCGCGAGAAAUUUCAAAUGUGCUACAACAUCGAAGAGUGCCUCAAUCGCGCUGCCACCGAUGAAAGUCUCGCAGUCGCCGUUUCCCGUCAGCAUUCCUUCUACAAUCCACACAUUAAACGCGACCAGCUUUACUGCUUCGAUCGCAAUGAGAAUAUCUAUGUGUACUUAGUUACCAUGUUAUUGCCGAAAAAGUUUCAUUUACUGCCUAAAAUCAACCCUGUCAUACAGCAUAUCAUUGAAUCGGGUCAUAUGCAGAAAUGGGCACGGGAACUCGAUUUGAAACGUAGAAUUCGCGAGGAAAUUCAGCGCGCUCAAAAAGUGCUCGUCAAAAGUUUAACAAUCAAUCAGAUAGUUGGCAGUUUUGCUCUACACGGUAUGCUCUCUGCAGUGGCACUGGUAAUAUUUAUGCUUGAAUUCUGGACCCAUUGGAUGGUAGUGAAACGGCGCACACGUUUAAGAUUAGUUAAAUACUUACACCGUAAAUUUAGUUCUAGAUGA